UUUCUUUUUCAUCGAGCUGUCAACGUUUACGGAACGUUUUUCAGACAGUUCGUUUUAAUCCAAAAGAAUCUCUUUGGAUUAAUUACAAUAUCAUAAAGUGAUAUUACAUUAAAACAGCAUAAUGCCGCCUAAAUUCGAUCCAAACGAAAUUAAAAUCGUUAACUUGAGAUGUGUCGGUGGAGAAGUUGGAGCGACAUCAUCUUUGGCUCCCAAAAUCGGUCCCUUGGGUCUCUCUCCCAAAAAAGUGGGUGAUGACAUUGCUAAGGCCACUAGCGACUGGAAGGGAUUGAAGAUCACUGUGCAGCUAAUUGUACAAAACAGACAAGCCCAAAUCUCUGUGGUACCAUCUGCAGCUGCUCUCAUCAUUAGAGCACUUAAGGAACCUCCACGUGAUCGCAAGAAGCAAAAGAACAUUAAACACAAUGGAAAUAUCACACUUGAAGAUGUGAUUGGGAUUGCAAAGGUUAUGAGAAACAGAUCAAUGGCUCGAUACCUCUCUGGUACAGUGAAGGAAAUCCUUGGUACUGCCCAAUCUGUAGGAUGCACAAUUGAUGGUAGACCACCUCAUGACCUCAUUGCUGACAUCAACAGUGGUGCACUAACUAUUGAUGAAUAAACAUUUUAAAGUGAU